AUGCCACUGCCCACGGUGUCGCUGAGGAGGACGCCGCCCAUGGCGUUGCAGACGAGGUCGCCGCCCAGGGCGUCGCUGACGAGGACGCCGCCCAGGGCAUCGCUGACGAGGACGCCGCACAGGGCAUCGCUGAGGACGCCACUGCCCACGGUGUCGCUAAGGUCGCCGCCCACGGCGUCGCUGACGAGGACGCCGCCCACGGCGUCGCUAACGAGGUCGCCGUCCACGGCGUCGUUAAAGAGGUCGCCGCACAGGGCAUCGCGAACGAGGACGCCGCCCAGGGCGUCGCUAAGGAGGACGCCGCCCAGGGCGUCGCUAAGGAGGUCGAAGUCCAGGGCAUCCCACACGAGGACGCCAUCCAGUGCAUCGCUAACAAGGUCGCCGUCGAUAGCAUCGUUAAAGAGGUCGCCGCACAGGGCAUCACGAACGAGGUCGCCGCCCAGGGCGUCGCUGAGGACCCCGCCCAGGGCGUCGCUGAGGAGGACCCCGCCCAGGGCGUCGCUGAGGAGGACCCCGCCCAGGGCGUCGCUGAGGAGGACCCCGCCCACGGCGUCGCUGAGGAGGACGCCGCCCACGGCGUCGCUGACGAGGUCGCCGUCCACGGCGUCGCAGACGAGGUCGCCGCCCAGGGCGUCGCAGACGAGGACGCCGCCCAGGGCGUCGCUGAGGACCCCGCCCAGGGCGUCGCUGAGGAGGACCCCGCCCAGGGCGUCGCUGAGGACGCCGCCCAUGGCGUCGCUAACGAGGUCGCUGUCCAUGGCGUCGUUAAAGAGGUCGCCGCACAGCGCAUUGCGAACGAGGACGCCGCACAGGGCAUCGCGAACGAGGACGCCGCCCAGGGUGUCGCUAACGAGGACGCCGCCCAGGGCGUCGCUAAGGAGGUCGAAGUCCAGGGCAUCGCACACGAGGUCGCCGCCCAGGGCGUCGCUGACGAGGACGCCGCCCAGGGCGUCGCUGACGAGGACGCCGCACAGGGCAUCGCUGAGGACGCCACUGCCCACGGUGUCGCUGAGGUCGCCGCCCACGGCGUCGCUGACGAGGACGCCGCCCACGGCGUCGCUAACGAGGUCGCCGUCCAUGGCGUCGUUAAAGAGGUCGCCGCACAGGGCAUCGCGAACGAGGACGCCGCCCAGGGCGUCGCUAAGGAGGACGCCGCCCAGGGCGUCGCUAAGGAGGUCGAAGUCCAGGGCAUCGCACACGAGGACGCCAUCCAGUGCAUCGCUAACAAGGUCGCCGUCGAUGGCAUCGUUAAAGAGGUCGCCGCACAGGGCAUCACGAACGAGGUCGCCGCCCAGGGCGUCGCUGAGGACCCCGCCCAGGGCGUCGCUGAGGAGGACCCCGCCGAGGGCGUCGCUGAGGAGGACCCCGCCCACGGCGUCGCUGAGGAGGACGCCGCCCACGGCGUCGCUGAGGAGGACGCCGCCCACGGCGUCGCUGACGAGGUCGCCGUCCACGGCGUCGCAGACGAGGUCGCCGCCCAGGGCGUCGCAGAUGAGGACGCCGCCCAGGGCGUCGCUGAGGACCCAGCCCAGGGCAUCGCUGAGGAGGACCCCGCCCAGGGCGUCGCUGAGGACACUGCCCACGGCAUCGCUAACGAGGUCGCCGUCCAUGGCGUCGUUAAAGAGGUCGCCGCACAGGGCAUCGUGAACGAGGACCCCGCCCAGGGCGUCGCUGAGGAGGACCCCGCCCAGGGCGUCCAUGAGGAGGACCCCGCCCAG